CCUCAUUCUUGUGAGUUAUAUUUCAUCAGUACAAAUAUGCUACACAUAAGGAAGGAGUUUAUUUCAUCAAUGAGAUACUACAAUCUAUACUACUACGUAAGUAUACUACAAGCGACGACGAGCACAAUUACAACCGUAAUUGUUUUGUUUGAUACAAGUACUUCAAUUUGGUCAUCUAAUAGAGUCAUUUCACUGAAGAAAGUCAUCGAUCUUGGCUCGGUUGUAUGGUUUGUAAUCUUCAACAUACAGCUAGAUAUUUACAUCACCGUUAUUGUAUAGUCGACAUCUGGCAAACUUAACUGCAUCAUGCGCCAGCGUUGAUAUAUCAAUGAUAAGAACCAGUGGGGCAACCAAAAGAAUGUUUCUAUGCACUAAAUUGAACUUGUUCACUUUUUGUUGAAGAGAGUACCACAAGAAGAGGAGUAACAGCCUAAGACCACGGGAGAGAAUGAGAGUAGAGAAGUGUCAUACUGAGUGGGAAGAGACAAGGAACAUCGACCAACAACGCAAGAAAGAGAUAUUGACGAAAACACCACAAGAAAGUAGAAAAGGAGAGACAGAAUCCAGUCGAGU